GGCGCUUAAGGGCGGCCGCCACACUAUUCCUGUUUCAGUAACAGGAAUAAUCUGCUGUGCUCCGAUUCCCCAAGUUAACAUCUUCCACCAAAAACUACCCCAUUUACCUCCACCAACUCUGCCAAUUCGCAGCAGCUUGCUUGACAGUCAACCACUGGCCCGUGCCGGUGCAUUGCAGUCAAACAAUGGCUUCUGCUUUCUGCCGAGGCUGCCUCUCGCGGCUCCCUCGAGCAAGUUUCCUACCUCCGCCGCCCACCGUCCCCCGAACCACCACCACCGCAACCGCAGCAGCAACAACAGCCGGAUUCCACACAUCCGCCGUGCACUAUGCCAACCCGACAAAGAAGAGCAACAGCUUGGACAGCGGGCCCAAAUACCGCCAGGCCAAAUCCGCUAAGAUGAAGAGGAAGAAGCCGGUCGAGCGGACCCGUCCCCCACCCAUCGGCGAGCGCAAGGCCCUCCGGAAUCGCAUCGUGCUGGGCAACCCCAAUGCUCUGGAGCCGGCGGACAUGCAGAACAUUUCCGUUGAGAAUAUGGGGGACCCGCGCGUGCGUGGGUCGGUCGUUGGCCUGCCUGUGUCGAUGCUGGAGCAGUUGAGGUCCGUUCAUGCGUUUAAGAAAAGUCAGGGUUGGGGGUUAUUCCGUCGUCCGGCGACUUUUAUGAGGAAGGAGGCGUUGGAGAUGGGCCGGUUGUUUGAGAAGAUUUCGGGUGAGGAGCAGGGUAAGGUUGUUAAGAAGGUUAUUACUGGUAAGGUGGGGUCGGGGAAGUCGGUGUUUUUGACGCAGGCUAUGGCUAUGGGUUUUCUGAAGAAUUGGGUUGUUUUCACUGUGCCUGAGACCCAGGAAUUGGUCAACGCGCAUACUGGUUACGCGCCGCUUGGCGACGCCAACCCCGGCCUCUACGUCCAGAAUCAAGCCACUUCGCAGUUGCUGCAGCGCACGUUCAAGGCCAAUGAGAAGGUCCUGUCCGGCCUGAAAGUCUCCCAGGAACACCCUGCUCUGAAGUCGCUGGUCAAGCCCGGCAUGACUCUGGCACAGCUCACCGGCCUCGGUAUCAAGGACCAAGCUGUUGCCUGGCCCGUCUUCCAGGCCUUGUGGGCUGAACUCACCAGCACGAGUGCGCCUCGCCCCCCCAUCCUCGUCACCGUGGACGGCCUCUCCCACGACCUCGUCUUCGUGCGCCACUUCCUCUCUCUUCUCCAGCCCAGUACCAACGGCAAGUCCACACUCCCCAACGGCGGCCUCCUCCUCUAUGCCACCUCCGGCUCCAACAGCCCGCGCAUCUACUCCUUCGACGUCGCUCUCAAGCAGCUCGAAGCCACCACCUCGGGCAUGAACCCUAAGAGCCCGGAAUUCCCCCAGGUAGACGCAUACCAGAAGCCAGACUCGCGCGUCAUCGAGGCCUUCACCGCCCCGAAGCCCACCUCGGAUAAGGAGGGUAAAUUGGAACUGCAGCCCCUGUCUGGUCUCACGCCUGAGGACACCGUGGGGUACAUGGAGUUCUGGGCAAAGAGCGGUCUUAUUCGCCAACAUAUGAAUUUCCAGUGGGUGUCGCAGCUGUGGACCAAGUCUUCUGGUGGUGUUAUUGGAGAGUUGCACCGUCUCGGGGGCCGGCUUAGGGUUCCUCAGCGUACUUGAUCGGUUUUCGGUUUAGUUAUGACCUGGUUUUGUGAUCACAUCCAAGUCCGUUAGAUGGCAUAUGAUGAUGGAUGUGUCUGAAGAUCUGUAUUCUACUUAUGCUCCAGUUUGGUUUCUUUUUCUCGUUGAUUUGUAUGGAUAAUGGAAUUAAAAAAUCUUUAUGUUCAUUGAACGGCCCCUCACGCUGGCA